GGGUGAUCGUCUACACGCAGGGCACCCCUAACCAAACUCUUCGCAAUGACUCCUCCGGCAGCAGCAGUAGCUGGACCCAGUUCAUUUGGGUUUUCCCCCACACUUGGCAUGGUGUUGGUAGCAGCAACCCCAGCUCCCAGCUCAGUGCCAUACGGCUUAAUCAGGGUAGAUUUAGGGGCAAAGGCGGCGGGAGCCAGAGUCCGGUAGAAAGGAGUAGAAAGGAGCUCCCUAAGACCCUGGUUAUGGCAAAUCAGCAUGGCAGGAGAUAGAGUGGGGCCCGAGGGGAGGGCCCAGCGGGCACUGGGCCAUUCAGCCGGGGUAUGGCCCCAGUCUGCUGCCAGUUGGGUUAGGAGGCAGAGACAGGCCAACCGGUCGUGGCCGUGGCGGAACAAGUACAAGAACAAAUCCUGCCGGGGCUUGGCCACGGCCACCGGGGGUAAGGCCAUGCGGUUACCAAGGGGUAACCUGACCCCUGGAACAUCUAGAUUACUAGGCUGGGCAACUGGUCCUAAUCUUUUAGGCAAAUGCCCAUAUCUCCUCUGGGUUCGUCCAACCCUGAAUGUGAAAGGGGGAUAUUUCAUAGUCUGGGGCUGAUUAUUUCUUAACUCUGAGUAAGAGUUAAGCAUUUUUAAGAAAACAUCCUUUCUGAAAACAAUCCCCGCCCCCUCCAUAAAAGGAAUUGUGUCUUUCCAUCAUCUCUCCCCUAUCCAAAAUCCCAAUAAUAUUGGAAAUGAAGGCAAUUUCAUAUCAGAGCUUAGGAAGGUAGAUUCCCCCUUCCCAUUAUGCUUCUGAGUAUAAAAUAUAAGAAGAAGCGCUCGGGUCAUAAACAAGAACUCCGGAAACAAAGAAGAUGAAGUACAUUAUAGGCAUAGGAGGUAUGACCAAUGGGGGGAAAACCACUUUGACCAACAGACUUGCCAAAAUCUUACCCAACUGCUGUGUCAUCCAUCAAGAUGACUUUUUCAAGCCACAAGAUCAAAUAGAAGUCGGGGAAGACGGCUUUAAACAGUGGGAUGCAAUAGACUCCUUAGACAUGGAUGCGAUGGUGAACACCGUCCAGGCCUGGCUCAGUAACCCAGUGAAGUUUGCCCGUUCCCAUGGAGUUCCUGUCCUGCCCAGCUCUAAAGAGCCCAUCUCUGCAGACACUCACAUCUUGAUCCUGGAAGGCUUCCUGCUGUACAACUAUGAGCCUCUGGUGGAUCUGUACAACCGACGGUACUUCCUGGAGGUCCCCUACAAGGAAUGCAAAAGGAGAAGGAGCACCCGUCACUACCAGGUCCCAGACCCCCCAGGUCUUUUUGAUGGACAUGUCUGGCCUAUGUAUCAGAAAUACAAGAAGGAAAUGGAAGCAAGUGGUAUUGAUGUGGUCUACCUAGAUGGAAUGAAGUCAAGAGAUGAACUCUUCAAUCAAGUAUUAGAAGACAUUCAAAAUGAAGUCUUAAAUUGUUCCUAGGUAAUGUUCACUGAAGAAGGGUUAGGGACUGUUUCCACCCAUUCUCCAGAAUUUGCCUCACCCCAACCUUAGUACUGAUAAGAUAUUGAGGUCAACUUUAGCCAGUGGGGUUGGUCUGUACAAUACACUCACACCUAACUCACAUUAUCUCAUUUGAGAAGGAUGUAUAUAAUCCAUAAGUAACAGUGAUUUAUUUACAUCAUCAUCCUCCAUCAGAUGUUGCUAGGGUCUUUCCAAUGUAUUCUAUUUAAAAUGCUUUUCAUUAUGUAACCAUUAGCAUCCAUUCAAAAAUACAAAUCUGUUCUCUGUUUUUCUCUAUCGGUGUGUUUGAUGUUAGUGGAGGUUUUUUUUACAGCCUAUGUUCAACCAGUUGGCUUUUUCCAGAGCACAGUGCUCCUUGAGUAUUUCAGAAGCUGGCUUUUGAUUUAUUUACUGGCUCUUCCUGUACUGCCUCACCUUAAAUAAAACAAAAUAAAUCAA